UGACAAGUCUAGAGCAGCACUAGCGCAGAGUGAGACUCAUCAGCUGGCAAGCAGGAUUCGGUGUUUCUGGGUUCAGCAAUCAUCAGGCAGCAGAGAGGACUUGCUCCUCAGCCCCCAUCUCUGCCCCCAUCCCUACCCCGGUAGGCCACCGAGUGAGGUCCAUGGACUGGGGAGGGCCGCGUCUGACGGCUUCUGUGUCUGUCCAUGAGGGCCUGGAGCCCUGACCCUUCUGCCUAGGUUUCUGCCUUUUCUCUCUGUCUUUGGCCCGCUGGGGGAGGGGGUAGAGGCCGGGUGAGCAACAUGGCCCAGAGCAAGAGGCAUAUGUACAGCCGGACGCCCAGCAGCAGCAGAAUGAGCGCAGAGGCAAGCGCCCGGCCUCUGCGAGUGGGCUCCCGUGUGGAGGUGAUUGGAAAAGGCCACCGAGGCACCGUGGCCUAUGUUGGAGCCACACUCUUUGCCACUGGCAAAUGGGUCGGCGUGAUCCUGGAUGAAGCAAAGGGCAAGAAUGAUGGAACUGUCCAAGGCAGGAAGUACUUCACUUGUGAUGAAGGGCAUGGCAUCUUUGUGCGUCAGUCCCAGAUCCAGGUAUUUGAAGAUGGAGCAGAUACUACUUCCCCAGAGACACCUGAUUCUUCUGCCUCAAAGGUCCUCAAAAGAGAGGGAACGGACUCAACUGCAAAGACCAGCAAACUGCGGGGACUGAAGCCUAAGAAGGCACCGACAGCCCGAAAGACCACAACUCGGCGGCCCAAGCCCACCCGCCCAGCUAGUACUGGGGUGGCUGGGGCCAGUAGCUCCCUGGGCCCCUCUGGCUCAGCAUCAGCAGGUGAGCUGAGCAGCAGUGAACCCAGCACCCCGGCUCAGACUCCACUGGCAGCACCCAUCAUCCCCACACCGGCUCUCACCUCUCCUGGAGCGGCACCUCCACUACCUUCCCCCUCUAAGGAGGAGGAAGGGCUGAGGGCCCAGGUGCGGGACCUGGAGGAGAAACUGGAGACCCUGCGGUUGAAACGGGCAGAAGACAAGGCAAAACUAAAAGAGCUGGAGAAACAUAAGAUCCAGCUGGAGCAGGUGCAAGAAUGGAAGAGCAAGAUGCAGGAACAGCAGGCAGACCUGCAGCGACGCCUCAAGGAGGCGCGGAAGGAAGCCAAGGAGGCCCUGGAGGCGAAGGAACGCUACAUGGAGGAGAUGGCUGAUACUGCCGAUGCCAUUGAGAUGGCCACUCUGGACAAGGAGAUGGCUGAAGAGCGGGCCGAGUCCCUGCAGCAGGAGGUGGAGGCAUUGAAGGAACGUGUGGAUGAGCUCACCACUGACUUAGAGAUCCUCAAAGCUGAGAUUGAAGAGAAGGGCUCAGACGGGGCAGCGUCCAGUUAUCAGCUCAAGCAGCUCGAGGAGCAGAACGCCCGCCUGAAGGACGCCCUGGUGAGGAUGCGGGAUCUUUCUUCCUCAGAGAAGCAGGAGCACGUGAAACUCCAGAAGCUCAUGGAGAAGAAGAACCAAGAGCUGGAGGUUGUGAGGCAGCAGCGGGAGCGUCUGCAGGAGGAGCUGAGCCAGGCAGAGAGCACCAUAGAUGAGCUCAAGGAGCAGGUGGAUGCUGCUCUGGGUGCUGAGGAGAUGGUGGAGAUGCUAACAGACCGGAACCUGAAUCUAGAAGAGAAAGUGCGAGAGUUGAGAGAGACCGUGGGGGACUUGGAAGCGAUGAAUGAGAUGAACGAUGAGCUGCAGGAGAAUGCGCGCGAGACAGAACUGGAGCUGCGGGAGCAGCUGGACAUGGCGGGCGCACGGGUCCGGGAGGCCCAGAAGCGUGUGGAGGCGGCCCAGGAGACGGUUGCAGACUACCAGCAAACCAUAAAGAAGUACCGCCAGCUGACCGCCCACCUGCAGGAUGUGAACCGGGAACUGACAAACCAGCAAGAAGCAUCUGCGGAGAGACAGCAGCAGCCACCCCCGGAGACCUUUGACUUCAAAAUCAAGUUUGCUGAGACUAAGGCUCAUGCGAAGGCAAUUGAGAUGGAAUUGAGGCAGAUGGAGGUGGCCCAGGCCAACCGGCACAUGUCCCUGCUGACAGCCUUCAUGCCCGACAGCUUCCUUCGGCCGGGUGGGGACCAUGACUGCGUCCUCGUGCUGCUGCUCAUGCCUCGUCUCAUUUGCAAGGCAGAGCUGAUCCGGAAGCAGGCCCAGGAGAAGUUUGAACUAAGCGAAAACUGUUCAGAGCGGCCUGGGCUCCGAGGAGCGGCAGGGGAGCAGCUCAGCUUUGCUGCUGGGCUGGUGUACUCGCUGAGUCUGUUGCAGGCCACACUCCACCGCUAUGAGCACGCCCUCUCUCAAUGCAACGUGGACGUGUAUAAGAAGGUCGGCAGCCUCUACCCUGAGAUGAGUGCCCACGAGCGCUCCUUGGAUUUCCUCAUUGAGCUAUUACACAAGGAUCAGCUGGAUGAGACUGUCAACGUAGAGCCUCUCACCAAGGCCAUCAAGUAUUACCAGCAUCUGUAUAGUAUUCAUCUUGCCGAACAGCCCGAGGACAGUACCAUGCAGCUGGCUGACCACAUUAAGUUCACCCAGAGUGCCCUGGACUGCAUGAGCGUGGAGGUGGGACGGCUGCGUGCCUUCUUGCAGGGUGGCCAGGAGGCUUCAGAUAUUGCCCUCCUGCUCCGGGACCUGGAAACAUCGUGCAGUGACAUCCGCCAGUUCUGCAAGAAGAUCCGGAGGCGAAUGCCAGGGACAGAUGCUCCUGGGAUCCCAUCCGCACUGGCAUUUGGACCACAGGUAUCGGACACACUCCUAGACUGCAGGAAACACUUGACGUGGGUGGUGGCCGUGCUGCAGGAGGUGGCAGCUGCUGCAGCCCAGCUCAUUGCCCCACUGGCAGAGAAUGAGGGGCUGCCCGUGGCCGCCCUGGAGGAGCUGGCUUUCAAAGCAAGCGAGCAGAUCUAUGGCACCCCCUCCAGCAGUCCCUAUGAGUGUCUGCGCCAGUCGAGCAACAUCCUCAUCAGUACCAUGAACAAAUUGGCCACAGCCAUGCAGGAGGGCGAGUAUGAUGCAGAGCGGCCCCCCAGCAAGCCUCCCCCAGUUGAGCUGAGGGCUGCAGCCCUCCGUGCGGAGAUCACCGAUGCUGAAGGCCUGGGCUUGAAGCUUGAAGAUCGAGAGACAGUUAUCAAGGAGUUGAAGAAGUCACUGAAAAUCAAGGGGGAGGAGCUGAGUGAGGCCAAUGUGCGGCUAAGUCUGCUGGAGAAGAAGCUGGACAGUGCUGCCAAGGAUGCAGACGAGCGCAUCGAGAAAGUCCAGACUCGGCUGGAGGAGACUCAGGCACUGCUGCGGAAGAAGGAGAAAGAGUUUGAGGAAACGAUGGAUGCACUCCAAGCUGACAUUGACCAGCUAGAGGCAGAGAAGGCAGAGCUAAAGCAGCGGCUGAACAGCCAGUCGAAGCGCACGAUCGAGGGGCUCCGGGGGCCCCCUCCCUCGGGUAUUGCUACCCUGGUCUCUGGCAUUGCUGGUGAAGAACAGCAGCGAGGAGGUGCCCCUGGGCAGGCUCCAGGGUCUGUGCCAGGCCCCGGGCUGGUGAAGGACUCACCACUGCUGCUUCAGCAGAUCUCUGCCAUGAGGCUGCACAUCUCCCAGCUCCAGCAUGAGAAUAGCAUCCUCAAGGGAGCCCAGAUGAAGGCAUCUUUAGCAGCCCUGCCCCCUCUGCAUGUGGCAAAGCUCUCCCCCUCACCUCACGAGGGCCCUGACAGUGAGCUAGCAGCUGGUGCACUGUAUCGUAAGACCAGCCAGCUGUUGGAGACGUUGAAUCAACUGAGCACACAUACCCACGUAAUAGAUAUCACUCGUUCCAGCCCUGCUGCCAAGAGCCCGUCGGCCCAACUCCUGGAGCAGGUGGCUCAGCUCAAGUCCUUAAGCGACACCAUCGAGAAGCUCAAGGAUGAGGUCCUUAAGGAGACCGUAUCUCAGCGCCCUGGAGCCACAGUCCCCACUGACUUUGCCACCUUCCCUUCGUCAGCCUUCCUUCGGGCCAAGGAGGAGCAGCAAGACGACACUGUCUACAUGGGCAAAGUGACCUUCUCGUGCGCAGCUGGCCUUGGACAGCGACACCGGCUGGUGCUGACCCAGGAGCAGCUGCACCAGCUUCAUGGUCGCCUCAUCUCCUAAGUGCUCCUUCCGCCUCAUCCACCUCUACCCUCCGCCGUCCGGGUGUCACUCUGCCUGAUGCACAGCCACCUCAGCUAGUCCCCAUUGUAGAACUGUGUGUGCACAGCUGUUCCUGCCCUGUUCAGCUUCACUUCCACCUGUCAGUGCCCUGCCCCUUGACUUGGGUUCCCCUAUUUCCAUUCCUUGGCCUCUGCCAGGAUUUGCUGUUCAGCUGCUCCCUCCUUCCUGAGGGGCCUCAGGGCAUGUGGGGGGUAGGCUGAGACCCCACCACCAAAGGUUCAGUGAGGUCCCCCUGAUAGAGGACUUCACCCCUUGAUUAAAGCAACUCUGCUUCAGUGCUUUCUGUGUGGUCUUGGGAGUGGGACUUGGGCCUUUUGGUUCAGAGCAGGAGUGGAGCAGAAGGGAUGCUGAGGAGGCUUUGGCUGUGCCAGAUUUGAGGGCCCCUCUCUGUAGAGACCAGUGGAACAGUGUGCCCCUCACAUUCACGUGUGGUAAGUUACUGUGAACAAGGGGAAAGGGGCUAGACCAGGGGCUUGGCACCUAAGUUCUUUAUGGAGUUAGGGCCAGGACUUAGGUUCAGCCACCCUACCUCCAUGCAUCUGUCAACCAGUUCCCACUCACAGCAGAGGGACCUUUCCAGAAUGCAAACUGGGCCACGUUAUUCCCUGCUUUAAAUCCUGAAAUGGUUCUUCCAACUAAAAUUUAUAAUUUAAAUAAAAUCCUGAAGUAGUUUCUCUAAGUAUCUAGAACUUAAAAUUUAAAUUCACUACAAUUGCACACAAGGCUAUCUGUGUUUUGGGUCCUGCCCAUCUCUCCAGCCUCUCGUGGGGAUACUUGUCCACGUGUGCCUUGUGGCCUUCCCUUAGUGAAUCCCUGCUGUUGCUUUGCCACCCUGUGCUCUCUCAGGCCCCUUUCCGCUGCCCAGAAUGCCAGCCACCUGUCCGCUCCACCUGCCUGCCCCACCCCACUUCAGCUGACAUCCUGUUCGUUUAUUAAGACAGCUCUGGCAUUG